CAGAAAAGUGAGGGUUUUAUGUUGAGAGAGACCAUGGAAAAGUGAUAAGCAAUUAAACGUGAAUCAAGGAACUUUGUUCAGUGUCUUCUUAAAGCCUGCAAGAUGCAGAGACCACCUCCUGAAGAUUUCUCCUUGAAGGAGACGAGACCUCAUCUCGGUGGAGGAAAAAUCUCUGGAGAUAAGCUUACCAGCACUUAUGACCUCGUCGAGCAGAUGCAGUAUCUUUAUGUCCGUGUGGUUAAGGCAAAGGAGUUACCUGGGAAAGAUAUGACUGGUAGUUGUGACCCUUAUGUUGAGGUUAAGCUUGGAAACUACAAAGGAACCACUAGGCAUUUCGAGAAGAAAUCUAAUCCUGAGUGGAACCAAGUUUUCGCCUUUUCUAAAGAUAGGAUUCAAGCUUCUUUCCUUGAAGCUACUGUCAAGGACAAGGAUUUUGUGAAAGAUGAUUUGAUUGGUCGGGUUGUCUUUGAUUUGAAUGAGGUACCUAAGAGAGUUCCUCCUGAUAGUCCCUUGGCCCCGCAAUGGUAUAGGCUCGAGGAUAGGAAAGGUGAUAAAGUCAAGGGAGAGCUUAUGUUGGCUGUUUGGUUUGGUACUCAAGCUGAUGAAGCUUUUCCUGAAGCUUGGCACUCUGAUGCUGCAACAGUUAGUGGUACUGAUGCUCUUGCCAACAUCCGUUCCAAGGUUUAUCUUUCUCCUAAGCUUUGGUACCUCAGGGUUAAUGUAAUUGAAGCUCAAGAUUUGAUACCAAGUGAUAAGCAAAGAUAUCCUGAGGUUUAUGUGAAGGCUAUAGUGGGAAACCAGGCAUUGAGGACUAGAGUAUCGCAGAGCAGGACUAUUAAUCCGAUGUGGAAUGAGGAUUUGAUGUUUGUAGCAGCAGAGCCAUUUGAGGAACCUUUGAUCCUCAGUGUGGAAGACAGAGUUGCUCCUAACAAAGACGAAGUCUUGGGGAGAUGUGCGAUCCCCUUGCAGUAUUUAGACAGAAGAUUUGACCACAAACCAGUGAACAGCAGGUGGUAUAACCUCGAGAAGCAUAUUAUGGUCGAUGGAGAGAAGAAGGAGACCAAAUUCGCUAGCAGGAUUCACAUGAGAAUUUGUUUAGAAGGAGGGUAUCACGUUCUUGAUGAGUCUACGCAUUACAGCAGUGAUCUUAGACCAACAGCGAAGCAACUAUGGAAGCCUAAUAUUGGUGUACUGGAAUUAGGAAUACUAAAUGCGACGGGUCUAAUGCCUAUGAAAACCAAAGACGGUAGGGGAACCACAGAUGCAUAUUGUGUGGCGAAGUACGGACAGAAAUGGAUUCGAACUCGGACAAUCAUUGACAGCUUUACACCAAGAUGGAACGAGCAAUAUACUUGGGAGGUUUUUGAUCCGUGUACCGUUGUUACUGUUGGAGUUUUUGAUAACUGCCAUCUCCAUGGAGGUGAGAAGAAUGGAGGAGCAAAAGAUUCAAGAAUUGGGAAGGUAAGAAUCAGGCUUUCUACUCUCGAGACUGAUCGAGUUUACACACAUUCAUACCCUCUUUUGGUGCUCCAUCCUAACGGAGUCAAGAAAAUGGGAGAAAUUCACUUGGCUGUGAGGUUCACUUGCUCUUCAUUGCUCAACAUGAUGUAUAUGUACUCACUGCCUCUCUUACCUAAGAUGCAUUACAUUCAUCCUCUAACGGUUAGCCAGCUUGAUAACUUGAGGCAUCAAGCGACUCAGAUUGUAUCGAUGAGGUUGACCCGAGCAGAACCGCCUCUAAGGAAAGAAGUAGUUGAGUAUAUGCUUGAUGUGGGUUCUCACAUGUGGAGUAUGCGGAGAAGCAAAGCAAACUUUUUCAGGAUUAUGGGAGUUUUGAGUGGGUUAAUCGCAGUAGGAAAAUGGUUCGAACAGAUCUGCAACUGGAAGAAUCCCAUCACAACAGUCUUGAUCCAUCUCUUGUUCAUCAUCCUUGUGCUCUAUCCCGAACUAAUCUUGCCCACCAUCUUCCUCUACCUCUUCCUCAUCGGUGUCUGGUAUUACCGUUGGAGACCGAGGCAUCCUCCUCACAUGGACACACGUCUCUCUCACGCUGACUCAGCCCACCCCGACGAGCUAGAUGAAGAGUUCGACACUUUUCCUACUUCCCGACCAUCUGACAUCGUCAGGAUGAGGUAUGACAGGUUGAGGAGUAUUGCUGGGAGGAUUCAGACAGUGGUAGGUGAUCUUGCAACUCAAGGAGAAAGGCUUCAGUCUCUGCUAAGCUGGCGUGAUCCGCGUGCCACAGCGCUCUUCGUCUUGUUCUGCUUGAUUGCAGCAGUUAUUCUCUAUGUGACACCUUUCCAGGUUGUGGCUCUUUGUAUUGGAAUCUAUGUUCUGAGACAUCCGAGGUUCAGAUACAAACUACCAUCUGUUCCUCUCAAUUUCUUCAGGAGGCUUCCUGCAAGAACUGAUUGCAUGCUCUGACCUGCAAAAAACUGCUUCCAAUCCCAAAGAAAAUUCCUCCAGACUUGUAGUUCGUUCUUGUUUAAAUGUCAUGAUGACUUUUCUUGUUGAUGGUUAUGAUGUCUCCGUUUGUCCUUUAGCAUUAUUAAGACUUUUGUUUAAAAGUAGUAAAGAAGUAUCUUGUGUGGUUUUGAUGUUCUUGUCUCUGGUUAGUAAGUCAUAAUCUCUGCCUCUCUGGUUUUUGUGUUUAUCACUGGAGCUUUAGGAGUUUGGUGCCGCUGGUUGGUUGCUAGUGAGAUUAGAGGUUGACAAUGGUUUGCCUAUUGGUCAAAUACAAGUUUCAAGACAAA